CUUUGCUGGUGAGUUCCCAGAACCCAGCAUCCUGCAAGCUGCCGCUUCUCAGCUGGGGAUGUGGAGCUGCUCUCCGCCCUCCUUGAUUAGGAUAUGUCAGGGUUGUCAGGGCAACUGUUAACGGCAGCGUAUCAUAUUUUCCCCUGUCUGCUGUGGGCUGAAUAUUUUACUGUGCGGUAGCAGGAAGAAGACUGGGAAAAGGUGCUGCAGCAGGAAGAAGCUGAUUGAACAGGUUAGGCAGUGGUGGGAGGCAUCAGACCCUGCGUGUCUUUAGUAGGGCUUUUCUGGAAAGUGUGUGUGUGUGUGUGUGUGUGUGUGUGUGUGUGUGUGCGCGCGCGCGCGCGCGCAUGCAUGCGCCCGAGCAAUCACCAGCGCAUGUGCCUGUCGGGGAGUCAGUGGGAGGGGGCUGGUAGGGGAGGUGGGGAAGCUGCUGCUAGGUGAGGGGAACUGCAGGGGCUCAGUUGCCAAGUGGCUGGUACUAUCUGUCAGCUGUUUGCAAACUGUUUACCCAUAGGGGAUCUAUUACAAGUGCUCAAAUGAACAGGCAGCUUAGGAACUAGCAGCUUCCUGGGAGCUGCAAUUACAUAAGCAUAUAUUUUUAAUAUAAUAAUAAUUUAAAAAAAAAAAAAAACAAGUAGCAGCGGUAUGCCUGGAUCAGCUACAGCUCUCCGACACGAGAGACUGAAGAAGAUCAAUGCAAGGCCAAUUCCCCUUGGUUUAUUCACCAUUAAUGAGGAAGACGAACAGCAAAAGAAUGGAAAUUCCAGAAGAGCAAAAGCACCCGACAGCUAUAAAGUGCAAGAUAAGAAAAAUGCCUCCAACCGCCCUGCCUCUGCAAUUUCAGGACAAAAUAACAACCACUCAGGAAAUAAACCAGACCCUCCGCCUGUGUUACGUGUUGAUGACCGGCAGCGGCUGGCCCGGGAGCGACGUGAGGAAAGGGAGAAACAGCUAGCUGCAAGAGAAAUAGUGUGGUUAGAAAGAGAAGAGCGAGCCAGGCAGCACUACGAGAAGCACCUGGAAGAGCGGAAGAAGAAGUUGGAGGAGCAGAGGCAGAAGGAGGAGCGGAGGAGGGCUGCGGUGGAGGAGAAGCGGAGGCAGAGACUUGAGGAGGACAAAGAACGCCAUGAAGCUGUUGUACGGCGCACAAUGGAAAGGAGCCAGAAGCCAAAACAGAAGCAUAACCGUUGGUCAUGGGGAGGCUCUCUCCAUGGGAGCCCGAGCAUCCACAGUGCAGAUCCAGACAGGCGGUCAGUUUCCACCAUGAAUCUUUCGAAACAUGUUGAUCCCGUCAUUAGCAAGCGGCUCUCCUCCUCAUCUGCAACUUUACUAAAUUCUCCAGAUAGAGCUCGCCGCCUGCAGCUCAGCCCAUGGGAGAGCAGCGUUGUUAACAGACUCCUGAUGCCCACACAUUCGUUCCUGGCCAGAAGUAAAAGCACAGCUGCCUUAUCUGGAGAAGCAGCAUCUUGCAGCCCCAUCAUCAUGCCCUACAAAGCUGCACACUCUAGAAAUUCGAUGGAUCGACCAAAACUCUUUGUAACACCACCUGAGGGCUCUUCUCGCAGGAGGACCAUUCAUGGCAUAGCGGGCUAUAAAAAAGAGAGAGAGAGAGAAAAUGUACCCUUCCUCACAUCUGGCACCCGAAGGGCUAUAUCUCCAUCUAAUCCCAAAGCAAGACCGCCAGCUCCCUCCCGACUUUGGCUUCCGUCCAAGUCUCUUCCUCAUUUGCCUGGCACACCCAGACCGACAUCCUCCUUGCCACCCGGCUCAGUCAAAGCUGCUCCUGCUCAGGUCCGGCCCCCAUCCCCCGGCAACAUCCGCCCUGUCAAGAGGGAAGUCAGAGUGGAGCCUGAGAAAAAAGACCCUGAGAAGGAACCUCAGAAAGUUGCCAAUGAGCCCUCACUAAAGGGAAGAGCACCUUUAGUGAAGGUAGAAGAAGCCACAGUUGAAGAGGGGAAACCUGCUGAACCAGAAGCUGGCCCUGCUGCUCCAGCCACGGCCCCAGUUCCAGUCACGGCCCCAGCUCCAGCCUCAGCCCCAGCUCCAGCCCCGGUCCCCACCCCAGCCAUGGUCUCAGCCCCAUCAUCCACUGUGAUUGCCAGUGCUUCUCCUAAGACUUCUGCAGGUACCACCAACCCAGAGGAGGCCACAAGGCUGCUAGCUGAGAAGAGGCGGCUGGCCCGAGAGCAGAGAGAAAAGGAAGAAAGGGAGAGGAAGGAGCAAGAAGAACUUGAAAGACAAAAGAGAGAGGAAUUGGCUCAACGGGUGGCUGAAGAGAGGACUCGCCGUGAGGAGGAGUCGCGCCGGCUGGAAGCCGAGCAGGCCCGGGAGAAGGAGGAGCAGCUGCGGCGGCAGACGGAGGAGCGGGCGGCCCCGCCCCUCCCCGUCCCUAUCCCGCAGGGAGACGCCCCAGCGGGCAGAGGAGGGUGCGGACUAGACUGCCAGUGCUCCCGCUUCCGCACUUCCUCCAUCCGCCACCUCGCCCCCACCUCCGGGCGCCCCCUGGGAGAUCUGGGCAGCCCGUCUCUUUGUCAGAGGCAGACGCCGACCUUCUGUUUUCAGAAAGAAGAAGAAGCUCGCGUUCGUGAAGAAGCAGAGAGAGCCCGGCAAGAACGAGAGAAGCAUUUCCAGAGAGAAGAGCUGGAGCGCUUGGAGAGAAAGAAGCGACUUGAGGAGAUUAUGAAAAGAACCAGGAGGACAGAAGCUACAGAUAAGAAAACCAGUGAUCAGAGAAAUGGCGAUAUAGCCAAGGGAACUCUCACCGGAGGAACAGAGGUAUCUGCACUUCCAUAUACGACAAACGCUCCGGGAAAUGGAGAGCCGGUAGGCAGCCCACAUGUGGUUACCUCACACCAAUCAAAAGUGACAGUGGAGAGCACUCCCGAUUUGGAAAAACAACCAAAUGAAAAUGGAGUAUCUGUUCAGAAUGAAAAUUUUGAAGAAAUUAUAAACUUACCCAUUGGAUCUAAACCAUCCAAAUUAGAUGUCACCAAUAGUGAGAGCCCAGAAAUUCCUUUGAAUCCAAUUUUGGCCUUUGAUGAUGAAGGGACACUUGGGCCCCUGCCUCAGGUAGAUGGUGUUCAGACACAACAGACUGCAGAAGUUAUAUGAGUAUUUCUUCUGAAGAACCAAAGCUGAAAUUUAAUGAGAAUUUCUACAAUUAAUGGAAUUCCUUUCAUGCUAUAAAGGAGCAUCCCCUCUGCCAGUUUUCUAAAGAGUUCUUGACCAUCAUUUUGAAAAGAUUUAUUAAAACUAGCUAAAGACAACAGACUGGAUAGCUUUUCUAAUCAUUUUCAUCAAUAGGAAAAAAGAAAUACGUCUCAUUCUUCAAUACUUUAAAAUGGCUUUUUCCAGUGUGCUCCUUCUUAGCAAUCAAUAUUUUUCUGCAUUCUUUAAAAGACAAGAGAAUUUGGUUAUAAAAGAAAUGGGCUGACUAGGCAUGUUUUUUUGGUCUUAAAAGCUUAACAUGUAAAAUUGGCAAAAAAAUUUUUACCUUUUAUAAUACUUGAAAAAUAAGUACCUCUUUGCUCUACAAGUAGAAUGAAUAGGGGAAGAGUUUAAACCUGUUUGUUAAAAUAUUGCAAAGAGCUCUAUUUGUAGAAGCAAAUUAUAGGCAGAUUACCAGGUUCUUAUAAAUACAACUUGUACAUGGACAUUCUGCAAACCCAGCUGUCACGUUUUUCUUGCAACUCCUUUUGCAAAAGCAGACUAAAAUGUUUUAAAAUGUGAAAAAACAUUAUUUUUUCAAAGCAAGAAAAUAAUUUACUACCCUCUUACAUAAUGUAUUUAUGAAGUUUUUCCAGAUAAACUAAUCAAAUAAAUUAGAACAAUGUGACAACAUUACAAAUUUAAUUUGUUAGCUGCAUUCCUUCUGAUGUUACCACGAGAGAAUGUUACUGAUGAUUCAGGGCUAUUUCUGAAGUCUGUGUGUUGCUGCUGUCCCCAGUGAUGGUGGACUUCUCUUUGCCUUACCUGAUCACAAAUUAUGUUUGGGAAAAUAAAGAUUUAAUAUUUCUUUCAAUAGAAAAAGAAUUUGGUUUUGCUCGUUUAAGAGCAAUGAGAAAAUGAUGGAAUGUUGACUGUGUUUGGCACACAGGACACGGACCUUCAUGGAAGUCCAUGCUCUGCGUGGCAUCUGUCAGCUUUUCACCUUUCAUUCGUCUUCUUCACUUUUGCUGCUGAGCCUAGCUGUACAAACUUGCACUUUCAUUUGCUAAUAUAAAUUCAAUUUUAUUUUACCAUUUUAGAGACUACUAAUGAUUAAAUGUAGGAGAGGGUGCACAUGUUUUUACGUGGAGUGUUAAAAAAGAUAAAUUUAUACCACGGUAACGUGCAGCUUUUAUGAAGAGAGAAAUUGGUUAAACUGCUAGGUUGAAUGAGAGACUUCAUCUAUUGGACUAUUUGUUUUAAUCCAGGCAUAUGGUCUUUAGUAACAGCUUGUAAUUUGUUAAAACAUUAAUUUGGGGGUUUUCCCUAUUUUCAGUUGUCCAUGUACACAGUCAUUAUAUUAAAAAAGAAAUCUGUUCAACAAAGUUGUUUAAUUUGUUUAAAUCAACAUAGCAUGAAACACCAAAUAAAAUGUUUGACAUAGUUUUA